GUUUCCAUAAUAGAAGACAAAGGUGGAUUCGAUUGUAUUAUAACAGCAACUCAUGAAUUAGGUCAUAGUCUGGGAGCAAGACAUGACGGUGAUAGAAAUAUCUGUACUCCACAAAACAAGUAUAUCAUGACAUCGAUUGGUGGCGGAGACGUAACAAAGCAAACCAGACUCAAUCCAUUUCGUUUUUCUGAAUGCUCAAAGAGUUACUUUCUAGACAGAUUGCAAACAUUAAGUAACCAGGGACACAACUGUCUAUCUGUGAGAAAAUCAUACUACGAUCCAAGAGAGUUUGCAGGGUUAACAAGUGUAGCCACUGGUCAAUUAUUCAGCCCGAACAAGCAAUGUCAAAUGAAACUUGGAGACGACUCUUUCUAUGGAUGGGGAGGCAAUCUUGGGUUAUUUAAAGAUGUAUGCACACAUAUGGCAUGUAAAAGUAACAAAUCGUCAACCAGUUAUAAUCUGUACAAUGCAGCAAGAGGAACCUCAUGCGGCAAUAAAAAGUGGUGUGUUAAUGGUGAAUGUAUUUAUGACCAAAAAGCUCCGGCAAAAGAUGAAUCAUGUAUACACGGAGAUUCCCUACGAUCCUUCGCAGCCUACUAUUCGUGUUCCAAUAUGAUUUCUUCUGAUCCAUCUAAAUGUACGGAUAAAUAUUAUCGACAGUUUUGCUGUGAAUCAUGUAAACAAUAUGGGUUGAAUACCUUUACCCUUCCUGGAGUAAAUUCUAGACGAAGGGCGCCAAAUGUUUUGUCUAUUCCUGUAACACAGCAUAUGCAACGUAUUUUACCAAAUACCUUUUCCGCCAGAGGGCGUCAAGGUGGAUUCGGAAGUCCAAUGAGUUCAAGUCAGCACGUGUUUUCAGCUUCUCCAGUCGUUAGAAAUUUUAACGUUGCAAAUCAAAUACCCAGGAAUCGUGGAAAUACCAAUGAUAAAUUUAGAAUAUUUUCCACACAUAAUAACAUGCAUAGUGGUAUGUCAGGGCCAGGGCAAACUGCAAAUCAUCUUUCAGCCCCACAACAUCAUCAGCAACAAUAUGACCAGAAUCAGUUCCAAUCAGAUUCUAACACAUAUGGUCCCCAAACCGAUUCUAACCAAUAUGGACUCCGUACCGAUUCUAACCAAUAUGGAGUUCAAAGCGAUUCUAACAACUUUGGACAUCAGUCCGAUUCGAAUACAUUUGGAAUGCAAGCACCUAGACCAGAUCCAUCUAUCACUUUACCUGACCAUCAACGUCUAGGGUCUUUCCAGUCAUCACUUCCUUCAAUGAAUACUGGUGAUUUGACAUCUUUCAGAAAUUUGAUUAUGCGAACAUUACAUCUCCUGGCGAGAACUGAUGGCUCACAGAAUAAUCAGUAUAACCAGGUGCCUUCACAUAACCAGCAUAGUUCAUAUUUUCAAGGUUCAAAUCAUGAAAAUCUAAGACCCUCGAAUGGAUUUUUCAAUAUGCGAGAAAUUCCACGAGUGGUUGUUGAAGGAGGAGCUAUUGCCACAAACGAUUCAAUAGUAACAAACAAUACGUCAAAUCAUAGUUCUAAUAAUACCGUCGAAACAGAACCAUUAUCUUUUUCAAAAUCGAAACUAGAGGAGGAAUUGCGAAAUUUUAACUUGAACAUUGCUUUGCCUAAAACCAAAGCAAAAUCUACCUCAAAAGUAAUUAUUAAUUCCAAUUAUCAUAAUGAUAACACUCUUGUGAAUCGGUCAUUAGAUAACAUUAUAGACCCGUUCCUUAAGUGAAAAUGAAACCACCGAAGAGUGAAAUACCAAAAGUUACUACCUUCUGUGGAAGAUCGACAACCCCGUCGAAGCAAUCAUCCCGGUUGAUUGCCAUAACAACAAUAGACCAAUUCGUGUUACAAGUACAUGAAGUCAGGGUUAGGUGAAGUACAAUAAGACAAUCAGUUACCAGGAAAGCAAAAGAAAUUCCAGUGAUAACAUGAUUUUUCUAGUCAUUGACUAUUAAUCGGUGAUUAUGUUCUGAAAACAUUUUAGAACCUUACUGAAAUAACUAUAAAAUAUGAGAACGUUAUUUCUACCACCAUGUUUCAUCAGAAAAUAAAGAAAUUUGCCUCAUGAACUAUUAUGGUAUUUGAAUUAAGUGCGAAUUAACAUUCUACAAGUGGCUAUCACUGCAAUUUCCAGAAUGGUCAAAGGAAGAAAAAUUA